AUGAGUGUCGUGACGGUUUCUUCUGGCGCAUUAUCGCCCACCGGCGCUGACUGGCGGCAAUGCCAGUGGCGCCAAGCAGCAGCCACCGGCGCUGCCGCCGACGAUGGCAGCCUGGGCGCCGGCGUCUCGCUCGAUGCCGGCCACCCGGGCAGUCUGCCCGACAAUGGCGUCCCUAGCAGCAGCAGCAGCAGCGCAGAAGGCCAUUGGCUUGGCGACCAGCAUGCAGCAGCAGCGCCGCAGCAAGGCAACAGGCAGCGAGAGGGCAGCGCAGCCCCGGCAGCGGCAGGCCCAGAGGCAGGCCAGGAUGCGCAGCCGCUGGGCGACGAGCAGCAGCAGCAGCAGCAGCAGCAGCAGCAGCAGGCGGGGCAGCAGCAGCAGGCGCAGGGGCCGUGGCGGCUCCAGUGGCAGCUGCCAGACGUGCCGUGGGCGCUCAACACGACCAUCACGCUCAUGGUCCUCUGGCUGCUCUGCUUCUGGGCGGCGGCAUACACGCUGGUGCCCAACCUGCUGCGCUGGGCGGGCGUCGAGGCCGCGGGUGGCGCCGCCACGGCAGAGGCGGCGGCCUGGGUGCAGGUGGUGCGCCACCUGGUACUGGAUGGCCUGCAGGUGGGCACCACGGUGCUGCUGCUGCGCCGCGGCCUCGCGCCCUACUCGCCCCGCCAGCUGGGCCUGUUUGCCGCGCCGCUGCGCCCGCUGCGGCACUGGCUGCUGGCGGUGGCGGCGGGGGUGCUCACCUUCCCUGUCAUCGACUGGCUGUACAAGAGGAUGGUGGCGGUGCUGGCGGCGGCAGAGGAGCAGGCCGUCAGCUCCACCGCCGACCAGAUUCUGGGCACCAGCAGCUGGGCCACGCAGGCGCUGUGGUUUGGCGUGCUGGCGGUGUGCGCGCCUGUGUGGGAGGAACUGAUGUUCCGCGGCUUCCUGCUGCCCUCGCUGGCCCGCUACCUGCCCCACUGGGCCGCCAUUGCCGCCACCUCCCUCAUCUUUGCGCUGGUGCACUUCAGCCGCGACGGCCUGCUGCCGCUGCUGCUGCUGGGCUGCGUGUUCGGCGCCUCCUACGCCUACACCCGCAACCUGCUGGCGCCCAUCGUGCUGCACAGCCUGUGGAACGUGGGCCUGCUGGUGCAGCUGCUGGCGGGCAGCGGCGCCGUCUAG